CUACGUUUCUCUUUCAUUAACAGCCUGUGUUUUUUUUGCUGAGAAAACAAAUACCACGGCCGCCUUUGGUUUUACCGGCGAAGUUUGAUGCUUUUUAGAGCAUACAGCUUCUAAAUCCAUCUACAACCCAUUCAAGUUUUCAAUCAUUUCCUUGAUUCCAUCUGUUUUUGUCAAUCAAGAACUGGGUUGUCUCUAGUUUCUCAGCUAAUUCACAACUUUAUUUCCAGCCAUUUCUAUACGUUUUCUCCUUCUAGCUUGAUUUUAGUGCUGAAUCAAGGACUGGGUUCUCUUCAUUUCUCAGCUAAUUCACUACAAGUGGAUCGCAUGGAUUGGUAUCACUGUAAUGGAAUGGAGGAUCUUGUUGUCCCCACACAUCAAGAAGUAGACGAUAAUCUCCCUUCACCCGGGAGCUGGUCAAAAUGGGAUUUUAACUCUCCUGGAAAUUUUAACGAUGAAUGCUUUGCUGUGGCCGAGAAUCUAACUUGUGUUAAAUCGAAAUCCAAUGGCAGAUUAUGCCACGGCUCUGAAUUCGAAUCCACAGCCGAUGUUAACGAUCCAUCCACAUGUUGGAGUAUAUAUGGUGGACUGUCAUCGAAUCAGGGUCGAGUUUCGCAGCAUCAAACCUAUCACCAGCUCGACGAUUUCGGCAGAUUCGAGCAGCUCGAUGACAUAUUCUUGGCUUCCUUACUGGAGGAUCCGACCUGGGGCGAAGAUCUUCACAAGUCGUUUUGCUUCUCUCCUGGAUUCAAGUGCGAGACGAUGGCAGCCGACUAUCUUCUGCCAGAUGCAUCUCCUGCCAAAAUAUUGGUCCCUCCUGAACAGAUAACUGCAAAUGGAUUUGUAUCAGAAGGAAUGUCGCUUGAAGAAUCGGUUUUGAAGGAGCUUGAAAUGGUGACGACACAGUUGUCUGAUAAGACUCGAAUUUGCUUCCGAGAUGCCUUCUAUCGUCUUGCCAAGAACUCGAAACAGAAUCCUGUAGCACUAGACCAACAAGGAAGCCUCCAUGCUCAAACUCAUCCUCUGAAAUGGACAAUAUCGGAGGAGAAAAUAAGGUCUGGGAAAAACGAAAAGACUGAAUCGGAGACCAAUACCAUUGAUCGAACCAUCGCGAGCCUCACCUUUGACAAGAUGGAUAUCAACAUUCGGGACUUUCCGGUUUGCCAACCCCAACAAUUCUAAAGCAAAAACGUCACCAGUGAGUCCAAGUCGCUAAGUUCCUCACGGUUCACAUGCUGGCACCCAAUGAUGCGGAAGUUGAAUUCCUUUAGGGAAUUAUUUUAUGUUUUUUGAAGUUAAAUUCUUUUAGGUGUGUUUGAAGUUUUGAAUGUAAAUUAUGGUUUUGGUCAGUUCGGUUUUGAUGAGCAUUUUUAGAGAUUACUUCAAAAUUCCUAGUGGUAAGUUCAUCUGGAAUGGUGUUCUUUUUUAUGCAAAAGUAGUUUGCCUUGCUA